GAGAACAACAAUGUAAGAUUUUUGAAGACAAAAUAAAGUUAAUAGAACAAAAGCAGCAAGAUGAACAAAUAAGAGCAAAACCAAUGCACUAUGAGGAAGACAGAAGAAAAAAACAUAGAGAACAUGAAAAUGUGCUUUCAAACAGCCUCUUCUCAACAGAGAGAUGAAACUCCAAAACGCCAAAAUCCAAAGCUGGACCUUAAAAACAUUAAACAAGUCAAAGAACUCAAUGAAAGACUGGAUCUGACAAAAUACCAUCAAAAUAAAAUGAAAACAGUAAACAUUCUUGAAAUCACCAAGUCUUCAUUUCAGUCUCAGGAACCACAUGAAGAGAAUGAACUUGUAAACUCACUCCUACAAAAGUUAAUGAACAUGGACUACAGAGCAAGAUACACUGUCUUAAAACACAGAAAGAAGGAAGGUGAAGAAGACAGUGCAAACUACAACCCUAAUAUUCACCCAAUGGAUGUUCAGAUGGCUGAGUUUCAUUGUGCUGAUGGUUUCCUGAAGCAGCUGAUGGUGACUAAACUCUCACAGUGUCAGUAUGCGCUGCCUCUGCUUGUUCCUGAUCCAUUCACACAACAGAUUGAGUUUCCUCUCUGGACAUUUAGACAAGUCAGCAAGAGCUGGAAGAAGAAAAACCCCAACAAUGAGAUCAUCAGUCAAACCCAGCUGGUCUACAAGGCUGAGACUCCAAUGGUGGCUUUCUACAGGUUUGGCUCAGUGUCUUCAUCCAAGUCUCAGCUGAUGAACAGCCUCAUCAAUGAGAAACACAACACGUUCUUCCACAGGAACUGCCCAGGCAGCAGCAGAACCAGAUUACUAAUGGAUGGAGUGGUGGAGAUCGCCUGGUACUGUCCUUCUGGGAAAAAGGCCGAUGCAUUUGAUGACUGUGUUGCUUUCUGUAAUCUUCAUGGUGAUGCAGGAGACAAUGAGAAACAAUAUGAGAUUUUGACCAGUAUGGCUUCAGUAAACGUCCUCUUCUUACCAGAUUUUGGACAGAAUAACCAGUACAACAGUUUGGUGGGAUCACUCUUCGAAUCUCCUCAGCCUCUCAUUUGUCUGCUCACUGACAGUAAGUGUGAUAAAACAGAAAUGGGGAAUGGAAAAUUCAAAAUUGGUCUUUUGAACAAAAACCAAACUGAUGUAUCUGAGCAAAUAAGAGAGAUGAUCAGAGUGACUCUGAACAACCAGAAAAAGAGCUUCAAGCUUGAAGAUGUGGCCAAACACACAGGAAUCAGAGUAGAUGAGGAAGAUCCAGAGUGCCAGAGAGGAAAACAAGCAGCAGAUCAGAUCAUGGGUUUCCUGAAAGGAAAAGAUCCAUCAACAGUGAAAGAAACAAUCCUGCCCUGUCAGGGGAAACUGUGGCAUGACUGGUGUAAAAUGAACAAAAAUCUGCGUCAUUUAGAAGGAGAAAAUCUAGAAGAAGAUAGAAGUACCAAACUAAAGAACAUGAGAGAAAUAAGAGAAAAGCAAGUAACACAAGGAUUAAGUGAGUUUAUGAGGAAAUUUAUUGACAUAAUGAAAUCACAGAGAGACAAUGAAAAAAACUAUUUUCUCAGAUGGAUGAUGAACCUGUUGGAUGACUUCACUUCAGAUGAGCUCUGCAGACUUCAUAAGGAAUAUUAUGUGAAAUGGAAUGAAGUCUUAGAAAUGAAAAAGAUACCUGACAGACUAGAUCAACUGCAGAUUGAACAAACAAACUUGGAAAACAUCAAAGACAAAAUCAGUCGUACUACCUUUGGCCUAGAGCACAUCCUGAGAGAGUUUGGUCAAAUCUAUGAAUCCUCGACAACUGUGAAGAAAAUCAAGCAAGGUCUGCAGUUUGACUUCUGUUCUCUCCCAAGUCUUGCAGCAGAGAUGAUGAUCUCUGGAUUUCCCAUGGAGCUGAUGGAUGGAGAUGCUGCUCAUGUUCCUCUCACCUGGGUCACUGCUGUUCUAGAAGAACUUGUUAAGAAACUGGGAGACCAGAAACUCUUUGUGCUGUCAGUUUUAGGGAUUCAGAGCACUGGAAAAUCAACCAUGCUGAAUGCCAUGUUUGGACUCCAGUUUGCUGUCAGUGCUGGCAGGUGCACCAGAGGAGCUUUCAUGCAGCUGAUCAAAGUGUCAGAGGAGAUAAAAACAGAGCUGAUGUUUGACUAUAUUCUGGUAGUUGAUACUAAGGGACUUCGUGCACCAGAAAUGUCUACACCACAUCGUGACAAUGAAAUGGCCACAUUUGUUGCUGGUCUUGGAAACAUGACGCUGAUCAAUAUUUUUGGAGAAAACCCAUCUGAGAUGCAGGACAUUCUUCAGAUUGUUGUUCAGGCCUUCCUGAGGAUGAAGAAGGCCAAACUGAAUCCCAGCUGCAUGUUUGUGCAUCAGAAUGUCUCAGAUCUCACAGCUGGAGAGAAAAACAUGGAGGGAAGGAGACGACUGCAGGAGAAACUGGAUGAAAUUACAAAACUUGCUGCUAAAGAAGAAGUCUGUGAUACAGAAUGUUUCAGUGAUGUGAUUGCAUUUGAUGUUCAGAAUGAUGUGAAGUAUUUUGCUCAGCUCUGGGAGGGCAGCCCACCCAUGGCGCCACCAAACCCAAACUAUUGCGAGAACAUUCUAGAACUGAAGAAGGCUAUUGUAACACAUGCUUCAAAAUCAGAUGGCAUAACGCUGACACACUUAAAAGAUCGUGUUCAAGAUCUCUGGGAGGCUUUGCUUAAUGAACAGUUUGUCUUCAGCUUCAAAAAUUCACAGGAAUUUUCAACAUACAAGAAAAUAGAGACAGAAUACAGCAAGUGGAACUGGAGCCUUCGGAGUGCCAUGCUGGAAAUCGAAAACAAGCUCCACAACAAAAUAGAAAAUGCAGCAAUUCAUGAUGUUGAGGAAACUGAUCUUCAAAAAGAACUAAAUGCAAAGAGUGAAGAUGUGAAAAAGGCAAUGUCGAAUUUCUUUGAGAAAGACAGAGAUACAGGUACACUGAAGCAAUGGAAAGCAUCAUUUGACAUAAAAAUGAAAAAACUUCAAGACGACAUUGUGAGGGAAACUAAGAGAAAAUUAAAUAAGGUCCUUCAUCAGCGUGAACUGAAGAAAAAGAUGGAUACUCAGAAGACACAUCAUGAAAAUGCUCUCUUGGAAAAGAGCAAAAAACUUGCCUUUGAAUUUAAAAACCAAGCAACUGAUGGAAAUGUAAUGAAACAAGUGUUUGAUUCCUUUUGGAAAAACCAGAUGAUGGAGAUCAUUAGAGACAUUCCUCCAGUCAAACAUAUUGACAUAUUUGUUGAUGCAAAACAGCACCUGAGUAAAACCUACCCAAAUCUGCUUUUAGACUGUUUGAAAGAAAGCAGUCAGCAUGUUGAUAUGAUCCAUUUGCCAAGAUAUUCAGAAUAUGUGAAGUUUAAUAAAUCCAGUGGAUUUAAAACAACUUUCAAAAAUACAGACAGAGCUGAAGAGAAGUUUGGUCUUGCUUUAUCUAUAGAGGAUGAAGUCGAGAUAAGAGUCUUAAUCAAAGACAUUGCUGAGUACACAGAUAAAAUGAUUCAGUCAUGUAACAUUGCAAAUACGGGCUACAACAUCAGCUACAUUCAACAACUCAUAGAUUACAUAAAGGCAAGAAUAAUGGAGCAUGAAGAUCAGCCAAAAGUGAACUAUGUGUUCAAGACAGAAUUCUUCACUGAUUUGGUACUCUGCAUAUGCCACAGAGCAAACAAGACAUUCACUGAUCAAUACAAAAUAUUUAGGGAAGCCAAUGAUCCGGUUCUCCAUUUUGAGAAGAAAAGUAAAGAGUACUACAGAAUUUUCCAGAAAUACUGUGAAGGAGCAUCAUCAACUGCUGUUUUUGGAGAAUUUGUUUGUAAUAAACUCAAAAGGUCCAUUCAGCAGAAUGUCUACAAAAAAACUGCCAGAGAUUUAGCAGAUGAAAUGAAGACAAACUGUGAAUCGCUAAAUGGGAACCGAUCAAACCUGGAGAAACAUAUCCUGAAAACACUGGCAGAAAAACAGGAUUUCAAUGCAUACAUGACCUACAUUAACAAUCCCAACAAACACUUUAAGAGAUUCAUCAGAGUUGAAGUGAGACAGUACAUCGAUGAAAGAUUUGAAGAUAUUGUUGGACCCAAGAUGGAAAACAGCAUUAAACUGCUGGAGCAACAGAUUAUAAAUGCAGCACAUGAAUCUAGCAAAUAUGUUCAAGAGAUCAAUGGAAAUGCUGAAUCAUGGUUGCGUUGUUUCACACACUGUGUCUCUGAUGUUCUGGUAUUCUCUGUAAAUGACCUAACUGGAGUGAGUCAUGAUGAUGUUGAUGUCAGCUUCCUAGAAGAUGUGAUCAGAAAAGAACUUCCUUCUGUAAUAUCUGACAUACGCAGUAAAUUCAGUAGAGAAACGUUUCUAGUAAAGCUGGAACACAAAGACAGACCAGAUGAGAUUCUGAUUAAACUCCUCUGCGAUUGCUGUUGGGUUCAGUGUCCUUUCUGUGCAGCCAUCUGCACCAACACAAUAGAAAACCAUGAUGGUGAUCACAGUGUGCCUUUCCAUCGUAAUAAUGGAUUGAAUGGAUGGGGCUACAAAGGAACAACAAACCUAUCUAUCAACAUCUGCACAUCAUCAGUAGCCAGUGAUCGAUCUUUUUAUCCAGAUAGCUCAGAUGAUGCAGUCCCCUGGAAGGAAUACAGAAAAGGAGGUCCUGAAUAUGCCUCAUGGAGCAUCACACCAGAUUUCUCUGAGAUGCCGUACUGGAAGUGGUUUGUGUGCAGAUUCCAAAAAGAUCUGGAAAAUUACUAUAAACAAACCUAUGAGGGGAGUGGCAAGAUUCCAGAUGAAUGGAGAAAAUACUCUCAAGAGGAAGCUAUUGAGAGUCUCGAUUAAUACAUUUAAGCAACAAUUAUCAAAGACUCUGAUACAAAGACAGUUGAAAUAAAUAUCUGUUUCACAGACUCUGUUCAGAGACAUGCAGCUAAAUGCAAUUUACUAUUAUAAAAAUGACCAGAAGCAUGCAAUUUUGAAUACUGGACUUCAAGUGUGGUUAACUUCCAUGAUUUAGGGAGGAUUACAAUCAAACAGCAAACUGCAGCAAAGUUCACAUGACCCAAACCCCAGACCACCUUUUCAGUCAGACUUGGUAGUGAACACUGAGUUUGGAAUAAUACACAAUACGUAUAAACUGAACUCUGACAACAGAACAACAGACUAAUGUCUGCACCAAAAGCUCUGGUGUGAAAACACCUACUGUAAGAAAUGCUAUUUGCCUGGUUUAAACCAAGAAAUGCUACUUAGAUUUAGUCAAAAUAAUGCUCCAUGUUUGACAUAAUAUGCCAUGUAAAAAAAAUGUUUAAAUGCUAUUUACUUGAUUUGGAAAGUGCAUGCAGGACUAACUUUGAUCAUAAUGUAGCCUAGAAUGUAAACAAAUAAUACAAAAAAUCAUCAUGAUAUUCAAUAUAAAACUACUGAGUAAAAAAAGUGCACAGUUAACAGAAUCUGCAAUACUGCUGUUUAGAUGAUUUAGCUUUUUGUGUUGUAUCUUUACAUUCUCCAGUAACUGUGUCUUAUUGUAACCUGUUAAAUAAAGAGUUCUAUAGUUACAACUGCAGGCUUUAUGUCCGUAUAUACUGCAGAUUAUUACUUUUUGCAAUUUAUUUCUUAAUUUGGGUGUUUAUUGUUAU